UUUGCCUGUGGAGCAUGGAAAGGUGGAUUUAGCACUACCCCUAGGAUCUGUACUGUGCAUUCGGCUCACGCUGUGGUGGGCGCUACGUAAUUCUUGUUUGGCAUGCUGGCAUGCUGACAUGUUGCCAGCGGUGGGAGAUACGUGUGUGCUCAGAGAGAGGGUGCAAAGACAACUUGGACCUGCAGUUUAUAGAGUGGAAACGGUUAUACUACUGAAUAGCUGUACACUGUGUAAUGAGGGACUCCAAAACAAAAGCUAUGGCUGGUCCCAGGCCUGUGGUGUUCAGCGGCCCCUCGGGGGCGGGGAAGAGCACUCUGCUGAAGAAGCUCAUGAAGGAGUACGACAGUGUCUUUGGCUUCAGCGUGUCCCAUACAACUAGAAAUCCUCGACCUGGAGAGGUGAAUGGCAAAGAUUACCAUUAUGUCACACGAGAGGCGAUGCAGAAAGCCAUUGACAAAGGUGAAUUCAUUGAGAGCGCAGUGUUUUCGGGGAACAUGUACGGGACGAGUAAAGCUGCCGUACAAGCCGUCCAGGCCAAAAACCUCAUCUGUAUACUCGACAUCGACAUGCAGGGUGUGAGGAACAUCAAGAAGACAGACCUCAAUCCCAUCUACGUCUCCAUCCAGCCGCCGUCCAUGGCAGUCCUGGAAAAACGUUUAAGAGACAGAAAGACAGAAACAGAGGAGAGCCUCCAAAAGCGCUUGCAUGCUGCUCAAGUGGACAUGGAGUUUGGUAAAGAACCAGAUAUAUUUGAUGUUCUUAUUAUCAAUGAUCAUUUGGACGAAGCCUAUGGGCAGUUAAAAGAAGCUCUCAGUGAGGAAAUCAAUAUGGUCAAGAAAGCCAGCUUGUCUUCAUAGGAGCAGCUUCCUGACACCUUUUCUGUCCCGUCCAUCCACUCCUGUCAAAACCACAGACCUCCAUUCCCGUUGUGAACAUUCCCUAAGAUGGUUUGCUAAGCUAAGGCAAACACAUCGCUUAGCGUAUACAGAAAGGCUUAAAUAUUGUGUUUAUAGGUAGUUAUUACCAAAUGAUAAUGUACUAAGAAACAUCAGUUUAUUUACUGACAUUUAAACCUUUCCAUAUUUUUAUUUUAUGAACAAAUUGACUCCAAUAAUGUUUACUUCGUAUGUUACUGGCAUAGUAUGCUGGAUGCUCGGUUAGCCUUUGGUUCUACUGCUCACGGUUUAAACGUGAGGAUAAACUGGUCUUUCAAGGGUGUGGAAAAGUCUUGGUGGAUCUUGAUAAGUGGUAGUACGUUAUAGUAUGUCCUUUGUGUAAGCGGUCAUAUUGUGUUAAUUGGAAACUAGAUUUACAGAUGCAGAUAUCUGCACAUGUAGUUAAAGAAGGAAAUGCAUCUGAAAGCUCAGCAUUACAACUGAUAUAUGAAGAGAGGGAGAGAAAAACAUGGUGGCUGUUUACUUUCAAGUUAACUUUACUGUUGAAAUAAUAAAACUAGUUCAGUGCUUUGAACUUUUUUGUAAAAGAUUUGGGUAAACUGUCACAAAUCUCCAUUUAACAUAGAUCAUGUAGGGCUCUUAGGAAUACAUCUGAUAAUAAAGGUAACAAGUGUUUAUAACAAAGAAACACAUCUAAUGUCACCUUGCCUUGUUUUGUUCGGGGGGCUCGACAACAACAAUUUUACUGUUUAUUUUUACAAUUGUAUAUUUGUAAACUUUUAUAUUGUGUAACUAUCAUUUUGCAGUGUCACUGGUACAGUAAAAUGACAUAAGUUGUACUUGUUAAACGAAAAAAUAAAUGUCAUGGUUUA